AGAGUUUUUUCCCAAGCAACUAUUCUUCAAUAUGUAGAUGACCUCCUAGUGGCAACUUCAACCAAUGAAGAAUGUCUUGUGGCCACCAAGGGCCUCCUGGAAGUUCUCCAAGACCUGGGAUAUUGGGUGUCUUGGAAAAAAGCUCAGCUUUGCCAGACCAAGGUAAUCUAUUUGGGCUAUAUUCUUGAGGAAGGAAAGAGGAGGCUGGCAGAAUCAUGGGUAUCAACAAUUCUCCAGAUUCCAGAACCAAGCUCAAAAAAACAGGUACAUAAAUUCCUAGGGGCAAUCAGGUAUUGCAGAAUUUGGAUCCCAGGUUUUGCUGAAAUUGCCAAACCCCUGCACAAAGCCACCGUGGGGGGAGAUAUACCCCUCGAAUGGACUGAGGCUUGCCAACAGGCAUUCCAACUGCUUAAAACUACUUUUGCUUCAGCACCAACCCUGGCAUUGCCAGAGAUAACCAAGCCCUUCACUCUGUGUAUAGCAGAGAAGAACGGGGUAGCUAAGGGAGUGAUAACUCAGCCUUUGGGACCAUGGAAAUGGCCGGUGGCAUACCUCUCAUAAAGGCUAGACUCAGUGGCUUGAGGGUGGCCCACCUGUCUGAGGGUUGUAGCAGCAGCAGCUGCUCUAACCUGAGAGGCUGACAAACUGACAUUCGGACAGGAUUUGACUUUAGUCACUCCCCAUGCCAUUGAGCCCUUAUUAAACAGCUCCCCUAGCAAGUGGCUAUCUAAUGCCAGAUUGUUACAAUACCAAGGACUCCUAUUGGAGCAGCUGCACAUCAACUUUGCCACCACCGCUAGCCUCAACCCAGCUACCUUACUCCCAGAGUCUGACGAACAGAUGCCCAUCCAUGAUUGCCUUGAGACUCUUGAAAAUUUAUGGGGAGGGUGUCCGGAUUUAAUGGACCAGGCCCUCCCCCAGGUGGAGGUCACAUUCUAUACUGAUGGGUGCAGCUUCAUGCAUGAUGGAGUACGAUGUGCUGGGGCAGCGGUGGUCAACCAGGACCAACAGGUGGAAUGGGAGCAAGGGCUGCCCCAAGGGACGUCAGCACAAAAGGCUGAGUUGAUUGCUCUGACCAAGGCUCUAGAACUAGGUAAAGGUAAAAAAAUAAAUAUUUUCACAGACAGCCAUUAUGCCUUUGCCACUGCCCAUGUGCACGGGGAGAUUUAUCAAAACCGAGGGCUACUGACAUCUGAAGGAAAGACAAUUAAAAAUAAAACUGAGAUAUUGACAUUGUUACAAGCUAUUUGGCUGCCACGAGAGGUUGCUAUCAUCCAUGUUCAUGGACAUCAAAAGGGGGCUAGCCCUGAGGUGAUUGGUAAUAAUACAGCUGAUCUGGCAGCAAAACAGGCUGCCCAAAAAUCAGUGGGGAAACAGAUGGUUCUGCUCCCCACAGCAGUGCUGCUAGAGAAACCAGAGUACACAGAUAAAAAAAUGGUGAAAAUGACCAAAAAACGGUGGACCCAAGGUAAACAUGGAUGGUGGACGAUUGAGUAUGAAAAAGUGGUGCUCCCAGAUGCUGUAGGAGACACACUGCUACAAGAACUACAUGGGUCCACCCACCUUGGCAAGAAAAAAAAUGAUGGCCACUCUGUGACCCCAUUUCAUCAGCAAGGGAAUGGCACAAAAGGCCCAAGACCUAGUGAGAUGAUGCCCCGCCUGUAUCAAGGUUUGACUCCAAGACCCUUGAACCCCUCUGGAAGGGACCAUUUCCCAUCAUCCUGGUGACUCCCUCAGCAGUGAAGGUAGCUAGACACUCUGCCUGGAUCCACCACAGCCAUUUAAAGGCAGCCCCCCCCGGAGGAAGCAACAUCAACAUGGCAGAUCAAUCGGAACACAAAGGACCUCCUCAAGAUAAGAUUGAUCAAAGACUAGUUUGGACAAUAUGGGGGUUCUUGGGGCUACUGUUCUUACCAGCCCCAAUGGAAGGGGGAUCUGGAUGCCAGCUGGUGUUGUCCAGCCACACUCCCCAGAACUGGACUUGGUCCUUGAAAAAUGCCUUAAUGGGAGCUCACAUUGCCACCAUUACUACUGAUAGACAGCCCUAUUUUAUUAUAGACCUGUGUUCUCUGGGGCUUCCAAUCAUUAGUGGUGGAGGGGCUGGAUCAAAGGGUAAAGUUUCAUCUGGAAAGAUGGGUAAAGGGGGACACAGAGGGAGGUGUGGAAUAGAUGAUAAGUUGAAAAAACCCCUCCAAGAUAUAGAUAUUUAUGCCUGCCCCGUAGGGAAAAAUAAAAGGUGCAAUGGGGGACCAGAAAACCAUUGUCAUCAUUGGGGUUACAAAUCUAUUGCCCCAUGAAAAAACGAUGAUGUGUAUUUGGCCUUGGAACAACAAAUACCAAGUGGUUCAUGCUCCAAAGAAAAAUGUAAUCCCAUCAAGCUAACCUUAAAACAAUGACAAAAUCCAUAUAAGGAUUGAAAAAAAGAAAAAUCCUGGACGGUAACACGCUAUGUGGGUGGAAAGGACCCUAUGACUGACCUCCUCAUCCAGCGUAGCCCAGUAAUAGUACCGCCUAAACUGGUAGACAACAUUUAUAGGGUCUCCGGCCCCCAAGAAAAAGAAAAGGCAAAACCCUGGAUGCCAUGUACACACUGUUAAAUGAGUCUAGCUCCAAUCUUACUCAAGGGUGUUGGCUCUGUUUGAGUCCACAUCCCCCGUAUUAUGUAGGGUUGACAGUAAACGGCACCUUCUCAGAAGCUGACCAGAAUGAGUGUGAUUGGAAACAAGUGAGGUUGUCAAUCCAUGACAAUCCUCAAUCAGGAACUUGAGGUAUGUGUAAUGGUCCACAUUUUACCCCAAGUCACUAUAUAUGAAAAAGACCAGGGUUGGGAAUACCUAACUAAGAGAACACACACCCAAGAGAAGCGCCACCCAAAUUGAUUCCUGUGUUAACUACAACAGGCAUUACAAGAUCAGCAGCUCUGGGCAUGACCGCAAUAGGACUGCAAGACUCUAAUUUCAAGACCCUUGCCCAACAGGUAAAAAUAGACUUACUGAGUCAGUGUCUCAUUUGGAAAAACAAGUUGAUUCUCUGGCUGAGAUGGUCCUUCAAAACUGCCAAGGACUUGACCUUGGAUUUAUAAAAGAGGGAGGGCUAUGUACACCCCUAGGAGAACAAUGUUACUAUUAUGCUAACAAAUCUGAAAUAAUAAGAGAAACUCUGGCCACUAUAAAUAAACAUCUACAAAAAAAUUAUAAUAGAUUGAUAAAACAGGAGGGAUGGUUCCAGUCAAUGUUUAACUGGUCUCCCUUGUUUCUGCCCUUGCUGGACCCCUGUUAAUCUUGUUACUAGCUUUGACUUUUGGCCCAUGCAUUAUUAAUAAGCUUAUGGCCUAUGUAAGGGGCCAGAUAGAAUCUGUUCACCUAAUGAUUUUAAAUCAACAGGCCAAAUAUCAUCCUUUAAGUGAGCUAGAUGAGGAAGAACAAAGAUGGAGACAAGAAUACCAAGAUAAUGCUGUAUAAGAUUGCACAGCUACGGAAAAAAUCAGUGGGGAAUGUGAGACUGAACAACAGUUACUCCAUCUUUGUAAUAGGGCCCUAACUUUCUGCUUCUGUUACGGAUCACCAGGUAGACAUCAAGUUCCAGGGAUGUGCUUGUUGUUGUGCCAGGAAGGUCUGUUGUGUGCGUAGUGUUCCGUCAUGCUUGCCCAACUCC